AUGAUUUCUAUUAUUGAUACGGGUGCGACACAUUCGUUUAUAUCUGCUGAUUGUGUUGAGAAAUUGAAUAUGGAAAUAUGUUAUAUGGUUGAGAGUAAGGUCAUUGAUACCCCAACCAAUGGUUCAAUGACUACUUCGUGGAUUUGUUUAAAUUUUCCUUUGACUAUGUAUGGUAAAGAAUUUGGUAUUGACUUAGUUUUCUUACCGUUAAGUCAACUUGAUGUUAUUAUGGGAAUGAGCUGGUUGGAGUUCAACCAUUUUCAUAUCAACUAUUUCGACAAGUCCGUGAUGUCUCCCGAGAUCAAAGAAGGUGGAUAUAUGAUGUUUAUGUCUGCUAAGAAAGUGGAUGAGUCCUUGAAGGAUGACACUCGAGUGUUUAUGAUGUUCAGUUCAUUGAAGGCUAAAAGUAAAGUUGUGAUUGGUGAUCUGCCAGUGGUAUGUGAUUUUAUAGAGUUGGCCCCAUAUGAUAUUAGUGAUUUAGCGCCAGAACGUGAGGUUGAGUUCACCAUAAACUUAGUAAUUACUACUAGUCCUUUGUCGAUGGCACCUUAUAGAAUGUUUGCUCCAUACCUGAGUGAGUUGAAGAAACAGUUAAAAAAUAUUCUUGAGAAGAAGUUUGUUUGA